AUGGCCUCGACACGUAAGACUGAAGCCGACUGGCUGCCUUACAAGCACCACAUAAACACCAUGAUACAUUCAGAAAAACGCAGUAACUCCGACAUACUCGAGUGGUUACGGUCCCAGAACUUCCAUGCAAGCAAGAGUCAGCUUGAAUACCAGCUGCAGAAUUGGAAUAUCAGAAGGAAGCUUCGCAAAGGCCAGAGUGAGGAUAUUUGGCGUUACGUGGGACACCGCGUCACGAAACGACGGGGUCGGGGUAAGGAGAGUAAGGUAGUAAUCGACGGGAAAGUUUAUGGCGCCAUAGAAGUGGCCAAAGAGAUCAGCCGCAACCAGUUAAGUACUCUCGAAAGAAUCCAACAAGGCGAUCCAAUAGCACCCGAAGGGAUGGCAAUAUCUGUCCUCUCUCCCCAUUCAUCCGAAAUGGAAGUUUCUUGGCCAUACGAACUUCCGUGGUUCAAAUUCCGACUCCAACUUGCGUUUCCAAUUUCACCGAGACCAUCGAUUUUAACGCAAUGCACCAAUGAUAUCCUUCAUCUCUUAACUCGACAUUCAAUCCCUGGGGAUAUUGAAGGAAUCGUCCGCCGGAAUCAUGAUGAUUCGCCUCUAGUAAUAUCGCACCUGGCCUCGGGGAUGCGAUGCUUCAUGCCUGAAGCAUAUCCGGACGAAAUUCUAAGCCGAACACAGAGUAUCAUCCAAGGAUUGGACAACCAACGACUAGAGCAACUUAUCAUGAUCAUCAUAUUUCGGCUAUCGAAUAAUCUCGACACCGAUGAACUCAUAGAAAUAUGGCCCACAGUCCUCAACCUAUUCCAUAUAUCGGGAAUCAUGAGUAAGCCUCUUGAGUCGAAAGAGACUACAGAUAUUACGGCUAUAGCUGUUGCCGAAAAGCUCUAUCGGAUAGCUUUUCAAGCUGGAUUUCAUCCCAAUCUACAACGACCAAGGGAUGUGCAAGAAGGAACGCGAGCACUGAUCAAGUGGCUACUGUCUUCCGGGCAAGAUCCAAAUGUUCUAGUUUCUAUAGGCAGUGAUACUAUUGACACAAGUUUACAUGCGGCGGUCUUGUAUCAAGAAGUAGACCUCGCCCUGGUGCUAUUGAGCAAAGGAGCCGACCCUAACCUUAUACCUAAAAGAUAUACCGUCAAACAGAGACUUCCCUUAAUAAUAGCGAUCAGCGCUGAUGAGUAUGCGCAAAGAUUUGAUCUUAUUGAGGCAUUGCUCAGGGGCGGUGCCGAGCUGAACGCAUUCGAUACUGCCAUAGGGUUGUACCCACUCAGUGCUGCAAUCUAUCGCAAGGACCUUUCGGUGGUUAAAUUACUACUCAGAUACGGAGCAAAGAUUGACGGUUGGUGCACCCUGGAGGAUAGGCUUAGGCUUAGCCCCGAAGAACCCAUCAAAGGCUUCACAAACAUCCAUACUAUUCUAGGAUGUGCAGCUGGUAUAUCACCUGAACUGGACGUUUUCUCGAUAGUUCGUUAUCUAUUGUUCCAAUUACAAGAGCAAUAUCAGAUCAUUGACGCAAAUCGGUGCAUCCUGGUUGAAACUCUGCUUAUAGCCGCUGGGAGGGGUUAUAACACAGUCUUGACUUUACUUCUAGACCAAGGAAUUGAUGUCAAUGCUACUAACGAUCUUGGCUACACUGCUUUGAGCCUUGCAGCAUUCUGGGGCCAUUUACACACCUGUCGUAUGCUUCUUGAACGGGGUGCAUCGGUUGAAUCUUGGUCCUGGAGGUAUAUUUAUUUGGGGUCUACUAUCAAAACACCCUCUCCUCUACACCUUGCAGCCUAUAGAGAUCAUUUGGAUGUGGUUAAAUUUUUGCAUCAAUCAGGUGUUAGCAUCGAUUGUGAUAACCACCAUUAUAUUGGGCUUGGUGGUCAUCCCUUUUCGAUCUACAACAAAUCCUGUAAUAGAAAAUCCCUACCUCUUAUCUGUGUUACUCCUGUUGGUGCAGCAAUGUUCAAUUCCGGAAUAUCAGGUACAUAUCGAUACUUAGUUUCGAACGGAGCCAUGAUCCCACGUUGGACAGCAUUUGAGGCGGCUGGAAGUUUCAAAGAUUUCGAGCUUUUGUCAUUUUUGCUAGAUAAUGGCCAAGAUCCCAAUGAAAAAGGCCCAGGGGGGGUAACACUGCUUGAGAGUGUUCUUUCAACCGAUACUUGGACCAACGAAGCAGAGAAAUCCUCACGUGCAAAAGCGGCUAGAGUUUUACUGGAUCGAGGUUAUAAACCAGCCGGAAGGGAAGCCGUCCUGGCCGUCAUUCUGGGUGACUGGGAGCUUGCAGAACGUAUUCUUUGCCCGGAUGAUUACCUCCAUAUCAACGAUCUAUAUUAUUCAUAUAGAAGCCGUUUCACCUCUCAAGAUCAGAAGUGGACCAUGAUUCACGCGGCAUGUUUAAGUCGCGACAUGGCUAUAAUUCAGAAAGUCCUAGACCUAUGCCCAGAUGCAUAUAAUGAGAGUGCACUUUGUCUUGCUACUCUUCUGGCAUGUGAAACUAGGGAUAAAAAAGCGAUGGAUAUUGUUGAUCAACUAUUGAAACGUAUCCCACAGCAAAAGAUGUCGAUGAACAUAGAAAUGAUAGCUUUGGGAAUUGCAUCCUGGUAUGAAAAUAUGCAACUGUUUGAGUUGCUUUUGGGAAAGAUCACACCGUCACAAGUUGUGAGAAUCAACCAGCCCAAUAAGGGUUCUUUGGUUUUUGACCCUACUGUUGUGUGCUCACUCAAACCUAUCGGUUUGAAAGACCCUGAAGGCUUUGUUGAGACAUCACCGUUGAUAUUUACUCUCAAGUCCCCCCAGGCUAGAGCUUUACUAUUAAGCCGCGGAUGCAAGGCAGAUACACGAGUUUUAUGCUCAGCAAUAGAAACAGGAGAUUUGGCACUUGUGAAAGAGCUUCUAUCAGGAAAUCAGCAGCCAUUCGGUCGCGGCAUCCUCUCCAAAGCAAUUUCGAUCGGGAAUAUGGAGAUGGUAAAGACCCUCCUAGAAGCAGGCGAAAAUAUCAAUGCAAAAUAUUAUCAGCCCGCAAGACGUAAUGCUGUCGAACAGCAUGACAAUCCCCUCCAAACAGCCAUUGGAAAAGGCCAUACAGGUAUCUGGAAUUUACUGUUGAAGAACAGCCCGAAUGUAAAUGCCGCCGCCGGGCUAGUUUACAAGGGUACUGCGCUUCAAAUAGCGUGCCGGAAAGGAUACCUAGGCCUCGCAAAACAGUUAAUUGACCUUGGGGCGAACGUUAACCCAGAUCGGUUCGCAUUUGGAGAUCUAUCUGCACUGGAAUCUGCAGCUGAGAAUGGAAGAAUAGACAUGAUCCAGCUUCUCUUAUCUUCCGGAGCAAUUACCACUGGAAAAUGGCGUUGGCAUUAUCUCCAAGCCGUUGCAAUUGCGGAGCGAAAUGGCCAUCAGGCUGCCGCCAGUGUCCUAAGGCUACACCGUAAAUGGUUCGCGAAAGACAAGGCUCUCUUUGCUAUAAUACGCAAUCCCAAUCGACCAAGACGCUGGGAUGACAAUUUUGAUGAUCAUGGUGGUGGAGGCCUAUUUUUUGGUUCAAAACUAAAGAGAAUUAUUGAAGAAGUAUCGGAAACCGAUAGCGACGAUAGUGAGGAUAAGAUGAGUCUCAUGAAUGCCUCUUAGCCGCGACAUGAACCAUUGAUAUAUCUAUGGAGCAGGAUUUGGGUGCAAAUGGGCUAUUGUUAGAGCCAUGUUUGGCAAGGGAUUUGGAAACAGAACGAAUGACAAGUUUAACAGUAGGUAAAUCUUUCAGGUAUGAUUAUGACUACUAGGUACUGAGGAUGAUUUAUUUGGGGAUUUUUUUUAUUAUGGAUUACGAGGACAUGGCGUAUUUUGUUGAUAAUGAUAGCUACCUCCUUAUAUUAGUAGUGAAUGAGUAUGUUCUAUU